UUUUUCUUUUCUUUUUGUUUCUCCAUCAUAGCAUUGGAGAAACCUAAUUCAGGUUUUUGUUCUGCUGAAGGAUUUUUCUCAUUUUCUAUCUUGUUUCAAUGGAGAUGUUUUGUGGUGAGAAACAGUACAACUACAACACCAGGUUACCCACAAACUCCAGCAAAAUAGAACUUAAUCUUAAGGUUUUCCCUUGUGGUGAAAAUACAAAAGAGAGGGGGCUGACAAGGUCAUCAUCAUUAGGGGCUGGAGAGAGAGUAAAGAAGAUCAGUGUGCCAUCUUUGGAGAGAUCUUGCUCUCUUCCAGAAUAUGAUAAAUUCAAGUUCCUCACAAAUCCUACUCGUUAUCAAAAGCAUGAGGGUCCAAGACAUUCAGCUGAAGGAGAAGUUGUCUUUAAGAAAGAAAAUGAUUCAAUCGUUUCCUGGAAAACAAUUGUGAAGGAAAUUUCACCUAGGUCUUUCAAAACUAAACAGGAGAAUCCUACCAAAAAGCUUAAGAUUCCUAAUUCCUGCAGUCUUAAAGAUGAUGCAAUGGAGAUCCUGAGACAAAUUCCAAGUGUGACUACUACUGGAGAUGGCCCUAAUGGGAAGAGAAAAGAAGGACUUCUGUACAAUUAUAAGUCUGGUCAAGUUACUAUUGUAUGCGUCUGCCAUGGUUACUUCCUCACUCCAACAGAGUUCAUCAUGCAUGCUGGAGGCAAAGAAGUGGCUAACCCCAUGAAGCAUAUCACUGUUUAUUUUAGCUCAUUUUAGAGGUCAAUGUGAAGUACUAUAUAAAUAAUCUA